CAGUUUUUGUUUGUCCCUUCCAGGUAUAGUCCAACAUAAUUGCAAGUCAGCGGCGUGUGUGUUAACCGAAUUUUACCAAGAAUUUUGCGAAAUCUACAACAUGACUUCUAGAUACGACAGAGCAAUCACAGUAUUUUCUCCAGAUGGCCACUUAUUUCAAGUAGAAUAUGCACAGGAAGCUGUGAAAAAGGGCUCAACUGCGGUUGGUGUACGUGGAAAGGAUCUGGUGGUCUUGGGGGUAGAGAAGAAAUCAGUUGCUAAGCUGCAGGAAGAGAGGACUGUCCGGAAAAUAUGUGUUCUUGAUGACCAUGUCUGUAUGGCCUUUGCUGGCCUGACAGCAGAUGCUCGCAUCCUCAUCAACAGGGCCAGGAUAGAAUGCCAGAGUCACAAGCUAACUGUAGAAGAUCCUGUUACAGUGGAGUAUAUCACUCGAUUUAUGGCUCAGCUCAAACAGCGUUACACACAAAGCAAUGGUCGAAGGCCCUUUGGACUGUCAACUCUGAUUGUAGGUUUCGACUAUGAUGGUUCCCCCAGACUGUACCAGACUGAUCCUGCAGGGACAUACCAUUCAUGGAAGGCUAAUGCCAUCGGACGCAGCGCAAAGACAGUAAGGGAGUUCCUCGAGAAGCAUUACUCUGACGAGGUUGUUGAGAAGGAACGCGAGACGGUCAAGCUAGCAGUCCGAGCCCUGUUAGAAGUCGUCCAAUCAGGAGCCAAGAAUAUAGAAUUGGCUGUGAUGAGGAGAGGAGAGCCACUCAAGAUGUACGAGGUAUCAGAAGUCGAGAAGUACGUCACAGAGAUCGAAAAGGAGAAGGAAGAGGAGGCAGAGAAGAAAAAGCAGAAGAAAGGAGCUCCAACCUCAUAAUGAUUAGUUAAAGCUUGUCUUGUAUAUUGUUUUUUGUAUGUUAAAUCGAGAGAUCCCCUUAAGAAAAAAGGCCUAGUGAUCGUCCAAUUUGGACCAAAAUGUAAGAAGCAAUGUAAAGCACGUAACAGUUGCGAUAGGAUUUUGGAAUCAUAAUACAUUUGUCUUUGAAGGACAUUAAAAGAAAUAGUAUUCUCAACAUUCACUCUGAAUGUCAUACCCACGCCGCUUAUCAAUUGAUAUAUGUGUAUUCUAUCACCCAGGAUGGAAUGAGUUUUAUGACAAAUAAAUCAUUACCACUUUCACAAAAGAUCACAAGAGGGUUGUAGCAGAUAGAAACAUAUUUUGAGAUAAAUGAAUUUAAAGCUUUUUACUGGUCUGGGACCAUCAGAUCGGUGCCAGUGUCGCGCACUGGCUAAAAGUCUGAUUGAAUUUAAUUUCUUUUCCAUGACAGAAUAAUAUCUAAGGAAUGGAGAUAGACCAGUGAAGACGCUGACAUUUUGUGAGGUUAUAGACAUUUGACAGUCUUGUAACAUUGGAGAAAAAUAUUUGUUUUCAUCGAUUUUUGGCCUUUUGGGAUACUUUGAAAAAAGGGGAGACUGAAUGUUAUGUAAUACACUGUAUAUUAUGCAUUGCCACCUGUUCGGAAACAUGAUUUCACUCUGCAUAUCCAGAAAUGCCUGAAGCUGAGGCCAAGGAAUGACUAUCAAUGUGGCAGUGAGUUAGCUGGAUCCAUUGGGUACAACUUUGUCAUUAUUAUUUCCAUAUCUUUUCACAAUUCCCACAUGAAUACUCAAGAUAGUAGUUCUUAAAAAGAUAAAAUUCCAUUGUUCAUUACUCCCAUAUUUAUGAUGUGAGACUUAUCACAACAAACACAUUUCAUUUUAUGAGUCUUUUUUUAUCAAAAUGUACUACUGAUAUAUGCUGAUGGUUAAGCUGUAUCUUUAAUUCUAUUGAAAAUACAUGCAUUUCCAGUUUCGAUGAAUCAUAUUAGUAAAAAUGACUUUGUUAAGUCUGCAUAUGAAGUCAAAGCAAUUUGUAUCUCACUUGAAAAUGCAAUGUAUGUGUCAUUUGCAUGUUCUAAGACAAAUUUGUUUAAGCUGAUCAUAUUUCUGAAGGGACGGACUUUGGGAAGAUUCACCUCUUUACAAUCACUGAAUUUUCUGAAACGGUAUGAAGUAGCAACAACUUGACAUGUGUAAAAUGGAUGAUGAAAAUGAAUUAAAAAGAUAGAUAUAGGAAAUAUGAUAAUAGUCCCCAAUUUUUUUUCUAAUACUAGUAUACUGGUAGAUUUGAUGUUUUGAAGUUCUUGCUAUAACCAUUGAUAAUUCAAGAUUGUCAUUAAAAUGCUACCUUUGAAGUAAUGAAGGAAGUUCAGUCUAUAAACUUUAAUAAUUCAAGAUUGUCAUUAAUAUGCUACCUUUCAAGUUUUGAAGGUAGUUCUUGCUAUAACCAAUGGUACAUUCAAGAUUGUUAUUAAAGUGCUAAUGCAUGCAGUUCAACAUUUGAAAACAACAUAAUGGAUAAUAGUAUGGUCUAUGGUGUGUGAUAGUCCUGAAAAGCACCAUCUGUAGUCAUUCGGGAGUUCUGUUAGCAGGUGACUGUUAGCUCCUGAAAGAACUGUUGCUAAGCUCUGGUCAUCAUCAAAAUGAUAACUGUCAUCCACUGACAAAAUGAGGCAACUCUUUGAAAUUAGUUUCUUAGUGUACGAGGAAAGUGUGUCAUUGUUCUAUGUAGAAAUAAACAUACUUGUUUUUUAAACAUCUAUAUUUCCUGAAGUCGGUGGCUAUGCAAGUCCAAUUUCUUUAGCAUCAUGUAGAGCAUAUUGAACACAUCCCAAGUAGAACAAAAAUUAUUUUUGAAAAAAAAAACCAUCAGGGUUGCUUCCUUGUGUCAGUGGGCAGCAGAUAUGUUAUACUUCUGAAUGUCUCAGCAAAUACAAAAUGAUGAGUGAAAACAUUAUUCAAAUUAAUGAAAUACAGUUUCUGAAGGUGAUGUUCCAUAUUUUGUUUGACCUUUACCAUUGUUACCAAAGGAUUGAACCUAUGAUGAAUCUGAGAGGGUUACCUAUGAAUCAGGGCUUUGCAGCAUCGAGGCUCCUUCAGAUAUGGCUCUACAACGCUUAGCAAUGUUCUGUGUACAAACUCAAUGGGAAAUGAGGCAUCCAAGAUGAAUGCUGCAGACACUGAGGAAGAUAAGGUUGCCUGGCUACAAAUAGAUGUGAACCAUGCAAUUCCUUUUGGAAUAGUAAAGGAGUACUACGAAUAAUGAUUAUACUUGCUUACAUGUGCCCAAUAAUACUUUAUAAAAAGUAUAUGCAGCAUAAUUAUGUAUGCGGCAUGACAGCGUAAUUAUGCUGGCUUUAAUAUUAUUAUUAAGUAUAUUUUGGUUUGCAUAACCAGUCCUGUAUGAACCAGUCAUAUGACUUUAAACCAUUGUCCAAAUCAGAACAGCCUUUUUUUUUUCAUUACUGUAGAACCAAAUUAACUGGCAGGAGAAAAAGGAAUGUUGAUGUACAUAUGUAAUUGAAUGUAUUGGAAAAAUUAUAGAUGGAUUUUUUUUUAAGAUGAGAAAUGUACCCUCCUAAAAUUGAUAUGGAUUUCUUACAUUCGUAAACCGCUCAAUGUGUAAAUCUGAUUUAACACAUUUCUCUGGUUAAUUGUGAAGAUAUGUAGCAUUUGAAAAUUGUGUGAUGUACAGAGGUGCAUGUCAUGUAUUAUACUGUUAGCAAGGCUUUUAAUUUCUUUUUCAUGUAUUCCGUAGAAAUGUGUCAAUUUUGCAAAGCAAAGAAUUAAAAUUCUUUUCCUACACUA